AUGUCAGCUGGAGGAGAUUUGGGGAACCCCCUGAGGAAAUUUAAACUCGUAUUUUUGGGAGAGCAGAGCGUGGGGAAAACAUCUCUCAUCACUAGAUUCAUGUAUGACAGUUUCGACAACACAUAUCAGGCGACCAUCGGAAUAGACUUCCUAUCAAAGACGAUGUACCUGGAAGACCGAACAGUAAGGCUGCAGCUGUGGGAUACUGCAGGACAAGAGCGUUUCCGGAGCCUCAUCCCUAGCUACAUACGAGACUCUACAGUAGCUGUGGUCGUCUAUGACAUUACAAAUGUUAACUCUUUCCAGCAGACCUGCAAAUGGAUUGAUGAUGUUAGGACAGAGAGAGGAAGUGAUGUCAUAAUCAUGCUAGUUGGCAACAAAACAGAUCUGGAGGAGAAGAGGCAAAUCACGAUUGAGGAAGGAGAGCAGAGAGCCAAAGAACUGAACGUCAUGUUCAUCGAGACCAGUGCCAAGACAGGCUGCAAUGUCAAACAGCUGUUUCGUCGGGUUGCAGCAGCCCUUCCUGGAAUGGAAAGCUUGGACGAUGCAAAUCCUGAAGGCAUGAUUGACAUCAAGCUCGACAAACCAGCAGAGCCGACUGUCCCCGAAGGCGGAUGCUCAUGUUAA